AAACAAGCAACUGUAGCGUUCCUACUUAAUCUCUGAAAACAUUCAGUCUGCAAAGGAAAAAUGCCUUUUCCAGUUCAGGCUGUUCAGGCGGUUUCCAAAUUCGAGAAAGAAAGGUUCAACUGUUCUUUUCCGAGUCGUAAGUCGGGCCACCUUCCUCGAAUGCGGCCUGACCGCAAAUCACCGAAGCGGCAAAAUAAGCAAACCUCAAAAGCGAUUGGUCGAUAUGCGUCGAGACGAUGACGUCACUCCGGAAGUUAUUGGCUAAAAAUGACUGCGGCAAGCGGAGCAUCUUUGCCGGAUCGGUAAUAAACUAGCUCACCUGAAAUAAAAAAUGAAAUUCACCGGAGGAGGACUCAUUGACGACAUUAAGGGCCGCUUCGUGUGUUGACGAGCGCCGUGCCAUGCAGAGGAGACACAGUAGCAACACGGAUGGCAUGCCCUCAGAAAGGAGCCGUAGCCAAACUUUGGGAUCAGAGAGCAGUCUGGACGAGGGUGGCGUGUUUGACUGCCUCAAAGCCGACUCACCUGCAUCACCCCAGAUCUUUUCUGGCCUGGUGGGCGUCCCGUCUGCCACCGUCUCUUCCGCCCAGUUCCAGGCGGCCAGUUUAGUGCUGGGCUCGCCGCCGGACGUCUUUGUCCAGAUGACGGCGUCGUCCCGGGAAGAAGGCGGCCCCCGUCGGCCCGAGGGCGGAGCCUUCCUCCCUCGCCCUCCACACCACCAUCACCACCCGCACCCUCACCCUCAGCCUCAGCACCAUUUCCACCACCCGCCGCUGCAGCACAGGACCUCCUCUCUUCUCCAGCAGGCCACGGCGGUGGCAGCGGCGGCGGGCUCAGAGAGGCACCACCACGGGCACCGGGAAGAGGCGGGCCCAGAGGACCCGUCCACUCCUGCACCGGCCCUGUCCGAGCUGAAGGCGGUGGUCACGUGGCUCCAGCGGGGCUUCCCGUUCAUCCUCAUCUUGCUGGCCAAAGUCUGCUUCCAGCACAAGCUCGGUAUCGCGGUUUGCGUGGGGAUGGCCAGCACCUUUGCUUACGCCAAUGCCACGUUCAAGCAUCAGGUGUCGCUGCGGGAGGAGCGCUCGGUGCUGGUGGCCCUCUGGAUCGGGCUGUUCCUCUCCGGCAACGUGGCGUAUAUUUACUACGCCUUCAGCCAAGAGGAGCUCUACAACAGCUCCCGUCUGGUUUUUGUCCUCCUCAUGUUUUCCAAGCCCAAUCUGGACGGUUUUGACUUCUUCGACCUCAUGUGGGCGGUGGGCGUCACUGACUUUGUCCUCAAGUUCGUCACCAUUGGACUGAAAUGCUUUGUCCUCUUUCUACCUGGCAUCCUCUUGGCUUUCAAGUCCAGGGGCAAGUUCUACUUGCUGAUCGAGGAGCUGAGUCAGCUGUUUCGAGCUCUGGUUCCGAUCCAGCUGUGGUACAAGUACAUCAUGGGAGAAGAGCCCUCAGCCAGCUACUUCCUGGGGGCCACACUCAUUAUCAUCUACAGCGUCUGCAAGUCGCUUGACAUCUGCGGCCGAGCGUCGGCCCUACGCAAGGCGCUGGUCCUGCUCUGUCACUCUCAGAGUUACGGCGUGCGGGCCGGCGGCCAGCAGUGCAGCGAGGCCGGCGACGUCUGCGCUAUUUGCCAGGCGGAUUUUCGCGAGCCCGUUGCCCUCCUUUGUCAGCAUGUUUUCUGCGAGGAGUGUCUAAGUUCUUGGUUGGACCGAGAGAGAGCGUGCCCUCUGUGUCGCGCCACCGUCUUGGAGACACUCCGAUGCUGGAAGGACGGGACCACCUCCGCUCACUUCCAAAUCUACUAAAGCCGCAUGCAGGGAAGAUGACAUCACUGCAUGUGGCAGAGGAGAAAGAAGAGGCGCAAGGCGUAUUCAUUCCUCAUCACGUAGCCUCUCCUCCGGUGCCUCGGACUGGUUGAGUUACACGCUCGUCAUCCUUGUCUUUUGUCUGCGGUCGCGAGUUGCCUGCGUACGAGAGAGACACAGGCAAAUGCAACUCAGUCAAGUGAGAAAAAGUUUGAAUUGAAAAGAAAUGUUUAUAUUUUGUAAAAAAAAACAAAAAAAAAACCCAACAACAACAAUCUGCCUGUUGUGAUGAUAAAGUCGGAACGCUUGCAGCAAAAAAGGCUUCAUGGCAUUGCGAGAACCAAAUUGUAAUGUGACAAAAGUAGAGGCGGAUUGAAAUCUGGAAAAGUUGUUAUGGUCACAAUGAUCAAUUCAAGGAUAACGGAACACGACGCUAAAAAAAUGCUGUGUUGAGAGAAUAUGGUCGAUAUAUGCAAAAAAAAAAAGUCUUUGUAAGCUGUGAGGAAGUAACAAUUUGGGAAUACAUGGUCAGUUUUACAUAUUUGUAAUAUAAUGC